ACGGGAGGGGGCGGGGCGGGGCGGGAGGCUGCACUUCCUGGGUCAGACACUGUUGCUCCAUCCGGAGCCGCUGAUCCUCCUGUCCGCUCCCCAGCGGGGUCUGUGUGGGGAGAGCCCUUUCCUACCGCCCUCUGUGUCCAGCCGGAGGGGGGGACCCAUCUCUGCUCCCGGGGGCGGGGGUCUGCGAGUCCCGGAGCUGCUGCCCCCCCCCCCCGCCCCGGGCUCUGCCCCCCUGAGCGCCGGCAGGAGCCGAGCCAGCGCCGGGAGAGCGACCGGCCCGGGCGGGGCCAGGGACCGAGUCUCCCAGCCCGAGGGGUGGGGAGGGGAGAGGGAGCAGGAGAGAGACAGGGGGAAGAGACUGGAAGGGGCAGCAGGAGCAAUAAGGGGGUGUAUACAGAUCUCUGGUCAGAUCCUCUUCUCUCUCCCCUCCCCCCUUAUGCAGAGGGAGGAAUUGAACCUGUUUGGCCCACAUCCCAGCUGAGUGCUAACUUCUGGGCUCUGAGUUAUACUGUCGGCACCUUCUCUGGGUUUGGGACGGGCCCUGGCUGCCAGGCAUGCUCUGAGCACACCUACCAGAUCAGGCCUUGCAGGGAAGUUAGGCAUUCACCUGCCUGGCUUAGCCUGGUUCAGGGAUCGUGCUAGGGCUCAGACAGGAGAUAGUGUCCGGAUGCCUAGAGGGAGGCAGCAGUGUACUUGACCAGAACAGGAACUUAGGCAGCUAGGGAACUUUUACAGCAGUAAUUUAGAUGUGCAGUGAGAGCAAGGUUGUAUAAAAGUGGCACCUGUAACUGGAACGUAGGCACCUAAAUCUGGGCCAGUUAGCUUACCUGAAUGAUUACACAGGCCCAGGAGGAGGCUGUGAACUUGUGAGUUUAGGAGAGGAUGCCUGGCUGGAUUAGCAUCCGGGCUCCCAGAAGAUGGAUGGACUGGCAGGGUUAAAGGUGUGUACUUUUGGGUUAGUGAAAUAAGCCCCACAAAGGAGGAAUGUUGGUCUGAGCAUUCUGGUCUGGGAGUAAUCAUUGCAAGACGGCAAGAGAGCGAGAAAGAGCUGCAGGACUGAGCGUGCCACCAGCUCCUAGCUGGCACCCCAUCACUCCAGUCAAGCAUGAGAAAGCCAGGAAAGGCCACAGCAGAACAGAGAGUUGCACUAACAGCCUGGAUGCCUAUUCUGGAUGCCACCUUUUCUGACACCAGUAUCCCCUUCUGACACCUGCUUGACAGAGGGGUCAGGCUAUAGCAGUUGUCUGAAGUCUUGCAGGUUGGCUUCACAGUUGGGGAGAAAUCAGUGAUUAUCCAUGAGGGUUUCCAGCCAGCUGGUUUUCAUCACACAUGGGUGACUCAAGGAUUACUCAUUGACAACUCCAAUGUGAGCUCUCAGAUGGAACAAGGGGAAGAGCCAUGGGUCCCAGAUCUCCAGGGCUGUGAAGAACGGGAGAUUUCAGCAGGUGACGGGACAGUGCGUGAGAAAAAGGAGGAGACCCCUCAUCAGGAAGGUCCCGAACAAGUGGAACCGCCUGGGAUGUUAUUGGGAAGAGCUGAAAGGGAUGUUUCCCAGAGUCAUGAGCAGGGAGAAGCCUGUGAGAGUCAGCGCAGGCUGGAGAAGCAUCAGAAAAACCAGCCAGGGAAGGGAGAGGGAAAACCCACUUGCUGUGGAGAAGGACUCGAGAAACCAGAAGACUUCUCGGCCUGUCAGAGAGAAGGGAAAGGAGGUGAAAAUGGAGAUACACACACUGUGUCUUGGAAGAGCUGUAGACAGAGUUCAGAACUUAGUGUUCAGCAGACCAUCCACCCAGGAGAGAGGCCCAAUAAAUGCGCCGACUGUGAGAAAAGUUUUACCCAGAAAUCAGCCCUUGUUAGACACCAAAGGCUGCACACGGGAGAGAAGCCCUACAAAUGCAGUAACUGUGGGAAGAGCUUCAGCGUGAGCUCACACCUGAUCACCCACCAGAGACUGCACACGGGAGAGAGACCCUACAAGUGCCUGGACUGUGGGAAAAGCUUCAGCGAGAGCUCAAACUUUAUUCACCAUCGGAGAAUCCACACAGGAGAGAGACCCUAUAAAUGCCCAGACUGCGGGAAAUGCUUCAGUAACAACUCAGACCUCACGAGGCACCACCGGACCCACACGGGAGAGAGGCCUUAUGAGUGCCCGGACUGCAGGAAGAGCUUCAGCGUGAGGUCCCAUUUAGCUAGACACCAGCGCGUGCAUGCAAAGGAGGAGGAGCUGGAAAGCUCCCCCCUUCUUGCACAUCAGAGACUCCCAUCAGACGAGAAGCUCUACAAAUGCCCUGACCGCUGGAGAAGGUUCAGGGACAGCAGAGGCCUUGCCACACAUCAGAGAAUCCACACAGGGCAGAAAUGCUACCAGUGCUCCGACUGCAGGAAAAGUUUCGGGGUGAGCUCAGCUCUUUCUGAGCACCAGAGAAUCCACGCAGAUGAGAAACCCAGCGUCUGCCCGGAUUGUGGGAAAUGCUUUCUUCAGAGCUCAGAGCUGCUCCUCCACCAGAUUAGCCAUGCAGGGGGGAAGCCCUACACAUGUGAAGAGUGUGGUAAACACUUCACUCAGAGAUCAAAUCUCCAGGCGCACCUCAAACAUCAUACAGCUGAGAAGCCCCAUAAAUGCACCCAGUGUGGGAAGAGCUUUGUCAAGCACUCCAUCCUGGCUAGGCACCAGAUCACCCACACGGACCUGAAACCAUUUAAAUGCUCCACGUGCAGUAAAAGCUUCACUCAGCUCUCCAGCCUCACAAGGCAUGAGAGGGUCCAUGAGGCAGAGAUGCUCUCCGAGCCUCCCGACUGGAUGGCAGAAAUGAACCAUACAUUCAUCGAUUCCAGCGGGCGGGCGUGGAACUGGGCUCGAGAGUACCCGGCUGCCCAGCUGUGGGGUGAGGAGGCAGCCAUAACCAGCCCCAAACUGAUCAGUGACCCUCAGCUUACGCCUGGUCUGGCAAACCCCAGGCAGGGCAGGGGAGACCUCAGCCAGCCCCUUUUAAGUGCUGCUGACCUGGCUGCCAAGCCACCAAGCUCCUCUGCCCCCUGCCAGGACAGUGCAGGGAGGGAGAAUGUCUCCAUCUCCCUGGACUGAAAGAUCCCCCAUCCCCUUAACCGCUUCCCCAGGCCACCAGCCUCAGGAGCAGUACUAGGGGAGGGCAUUAUGGCUGGGAUUUCCCAAGGCACCCAGAGGGCAGGAUUGGAGGUGAUGGGAAGCAGAGGGGGCAGCUGGCUGCUAGGGGUAUUGAGUGUCUGGAGACUGGGGGAUAAGGAAUCAUAGAAUAUCAGGGUUGGAAGGGACCUCAGGAGGGGCAGGGGGAGAAUGGGCAGGGUUAGGAUGCUGCAUUCCCCUCAAUUGGAGUCUCAGCAUCUCUGAAAGGCAAUCCUGAUACUUUUAAUGACCACCAUUAGUCACUUGCGCCAUCACUUCCUGGUAAAAUCUGCUGCUUUUUCCCACCCUUUGGGUGUCUUCCCCACCCUUCUUUCCAGGUGUCCCUCCCCUGUCUCUGUAUUUCUCCUCCUGUCUUCCCUCAGCAUGUCCUCCGCUGCAGCAGUUCACGCAGCCAUCACUCCCUUUCCCCCCAUCCCCUCUGCUACAAGAACGAACAAUGACACAGUUGGGCUGGCAUGUACAGUGCCAUAGGGAUUUAGCUUAAACCCCACCGCAAGAGGAAAGGGGGCGGGGCUUUCUGCAGACACCACUGAACCAGACUUACCUCGCGUUUGGAAUGUUCCCUUCCCCUAACAAAUCAAAGAUUAGAUUCUGCAGAAUCUGGACGUGCCAGAGGGAGCACACAAAUACCUCAUGCAGCUGGAUGUUUGAUGCUGCUUUCUUACAUACAACGAUUAUGGUCAAUAUGGAAAUGUUUAAGCCGACAGAUAGAGGGAUGUGUAUGGAGAAAAUAGAUAAAUAGAAAAAAGACUUUCUCCUGGGGACCUCUUGAAUAUUUUCUAGAGCUUGUUGGAAGGAUUGGACUCCCAAGUAUUAUUUUACACCGUUAAAGAAGACAAAAGUAUCUUGCAGUGUAAAGAGGAAAAAUCCAUUAAACUUGAAGGGGGAAAUGGUUGGAAAGGUACUUGAGUUAAUCCAGUAGCAGGAGCCUUUUUGUAGUUGAUGGGUAUCCUUCUGUUUUGUACUUUUUGAUUUUAAACUGCAGGCAUAUGUGGUUUGAGAAAGCUCUCAAGGGAAACUUUAUAAAUCAAAAUAAAAUAAUUGUACGAUGGCUGAAAUGCUGUCACAGCUCCUUAGGGACUUAUCAAGGAAAGGGGGUGGGUGGGUGGGUGUGCGUGAUGCAACUGAGCUGGGUAAACAAGCCUGUGAUUGAACAGGUUCAGUGCAGCCUUUUGCAGCAUCUUAGGGGCAAGGUCAGAUCUGUAGCUUGGCAGGUGUUGGUGUCAUUCUGGCUUAGCCCCAUUCAGCUUCCCACCCUCACCCCCUUCAGGACCAUCUGCAGACACUCCACAGCCUCCAUUUUUGUCAGCUAAUUCUAAACUAGCUUAAUUCAUCUGUAGGGAUUUAAUGUGGGGGAGGGAUAGCUCAGUGGUUGAGCAUUGGCCUGCUAAACCCAGAGUUGUGAGCUCAAUCCUUGAGGGGGCCAUUUAGGGAUCUGGGGCAAAAAUUGAGGGUUAGUCCUGCUUUGAGCAGGGGGUUGGACUAGAUGAGGUCCCUUCCAACCCUGAUAUUCUAUGAAACAGCUUCUAGAGCUGGAGCUUUAAAAGCCUAACACUCCCUGAUUAGGCCAGUCAGAGGUCUCUGUGGUAAAAGCCCUUUAGGAGGUUUCAGCCCUCAUGCUGCUGAGUGAUUGGUUUUUUUAUUUUACAAGGAAAAGAUAGUACAAAAGGUAGCAGAAACCCACAACUCUGAUUCCCAAGCAUUUUAAAUGAAAUCCCAAAGCACAAUUCACCCCAGAGAUAAAUGAAACAUGCAACAGCAAAAUAUUGUUGCUUUAUGGCCUGAUGUAUUGCUACUGCAUGGUGUUAAAUACUUUGAAUUAGGAUAUGGCACUGUGCAUACAAUCUACCCAGUUCAAAUCUCUCUGCUCCUUCCCCUGUUGUUCAUGUCACACAAAAGUUUCUGGCUGAUUCAGUGGAUCACACUAGUUUCUUCUUCUAAAUGAGGAAAAUUCUCUCCCAUACAGGAUCUUGUUUUCCCAAAUGAAAUGUCUCUCUUCUUUAAUUCAGCCUCUAAACUCACUCUUAUCUGAGGAAUUGUUGUGUGCAAAGUUGUCCCCUGGGCAAGGAGCAGCUAUGCAGGUUUCAGGGCAAGGUCAGCUCUUCAGCCAGGCGGACAGGUGACAAGAUCUCUCUCAGGCGGGGAUUUGCUCCUCUCUCCCUUCUCCCCUCUUGUUCUCACUCUUUUCCCAGCCAGGAUGGCACACAGGGAGAAGGGGAAGACAUGCCUCUAGGAGGAAUGCCUGCAGAUGGGAACAGCGGAGUGCUUGGCCAGCUGCUCCAGCAUCACCAGCUCCAGAGCGGCUUGGAUCUGCGAUGACCCAAUGGCGGGGAGUUGGCUUUUCAGCCUCAGCUGCUCGGCCUCUGUGGACACCCAGAUGUAGAGGUCACUCACAAAGGAUUUCGUCAGUUUUCUGGCCUUGCCUGACAUGUGCACCUUGGCCUGGUGCAGCUGGUGCAGGAUUCUGGAGUGGGAGCAUUUCUUCAACAGGCUGCUCCUUGCUGGCUCUAUUGUCUCCUGCUGCCCUUCCUGAGGCUGGAGCAUCCUCCACUUGGGCUUUGGGUGCAUCCUUCUGCGUAGGGGCCAUUUUCUCCAAUGAGCCUGAGCUAUCUUCUUCCUGCCUGGGCACCUGCCAUGGCUCCAUUCUGGAAUGGCUCAGCUCACUUCAGUCCCUGCCACUCCUGCUGCCCUCUUAUAUAUUGGCUGGCAUGCAAAUGAGGGGUGCUCAUUGUGACAGACCCCAUUACCCAACUAUGCAUGACUAUGAUCAGUUCCUUCCCCUAUGUGAAUGAAAAAACCUGACUGUUCACUGGCAAUCAAGAUGCUACAGCACCUUUAUGGGCUUAUGUGCUACCCCACAGAGAUUAAUGGGGAAUAAUUAUAUGUUAUUAUAAUUAAAAUAUUCAGGGAUCACCAA